AUGGGCUUCGCAUCUUCUCCCGAAGCCAAAUCGUUCAGCAUCGAGGCUACAAAUAUGCCAUCGGCUCCUCUAUUACUGCGCCUAUACUGCAAAAAGACUCGACUAGUUAUCGGAGUCAUACUGCUUCUCGUCAUUUCACAUGUGUUCUUCGGUUGCUCAAUCUUCAACCUUAUUCCAUCGAAUACAUCUGCUACCCCAAAUUUCCCCAACGCUAUACCCCAAUCCAUACCCUGGGCGCCUACAAGAUCGCAGUCAGACCUUCGGAUCGCAAAAGCAACGAUACUAUACGACUUCAGGAAACCCGAUACAGGCACUCUCGCCCUCGAUGAUCUCCACACUCAAAACUUCGGAUACGCAAGCCACAUUCUCCAAACACCUAUCGUGCGAGGCGCUUUAAACAAAUUCCUCUACCUCCAGUCACUCAUCAUCACCGAACUCCAAAAACCAAUCGAAGAUCAAAAAGAAUGGAUACUCUACCACGAGACUACCGUCAUCCUCGCAAAUCCACACAUACCACUCCACCACUUCCUCCCACCCAUCACAGACGUCGAAACAUUCAAGAUCCUCUCUAUCAUCGCCACGAAAUCCGAAAGCGAAGAACUAAAUACGAAGGUCUUCUUCAUCCGGGUUAGCGGAGGCUCACUGCGUAUCUUGACUGAAGCCAUGGAGAUGAUAUACAACUUGCCAGACAACGGAGAUGAAGAUGAGGAAUUCAGUGUGGUAGCGACAGCCUUUCAAACUACCCUAGCCCGCCCCCACCACCUCGAAAAAGCAAUCUACCAACCCCGCGAAUGGUACAAUAGUACCUCUUCUCUCUUCUACCAGCCUUACUAUCCUACGGCGGCGCAUCGUCUCCUUUCACCACCUGUCACCCAAACCACAUCAGUCGAUACGGAAGGGAGCAGUCCGAUGUUUCCUGAUGCAGACACGGUACACAGGUUUUGGCACGUUGUGCGUGAAGCGCGGCGCGUGUUGAACGAAGCGAAGGAAAAGGGCCAUACGAGUGAACAGGGAGAGUGGUGGGAGAUGGUAGCGGAGGUGAAGGAAUGGGUUGAGGGUAGGGCUUGGGAUACGGAGGAGCUGGAGAGGAGGGUGAGGGUUCUGAGGGAGGGUUUGGAUAUCGAUUGA